UGUCCUGCUUGCUCCUGAUGUGUCUGGAUGACUUGCUGGGUCCACGCUAAGGUGCUGAGCAUGAGUGGCCUUCCCUCUUCCCCAACAAGCUCUGGCAUGUGGCCUCAGCAUGGCUGCACUUGUUUGCAGCGGCAUGCAUGGUGGAUGUGCCUGGUAUGGACAGCAUGCUCCCUGGUGGGUCUUUAAGGUUGAAAACGAGAAAUGAGUUCCCCAAGAGCCUGGUGCUGCAGCUCUCCUGGCUGUCUUGAUCAGAAACAUUUGAAAGCUUCUUCUGAUACCGGUGAAAAGCCCCUGAGUUGCAACAUCUAAUCAUAGCACAAAAAGUAUGUAAGCAUCUUUAUUCUGCAUGGCCAAAUUCUUUUAGACUUACUUUCACUCUUGUGAGCUUGACCCAUGGGCUUCUAGCUUUUUCCAGUGCAAUUGUGUUGCCUUUGUUGCCCUCCUUGCCAAGCCCUUUGACUCACCACCUCUCGUACAGCAGGUUGAGCUAACCAUGAGGUUUUCAACACUUUUUGUAUCUUGCACAUUUCCUGCAAGAGGUGGCAGAAAAAUGUUUCCUGAGAUGAAGUAGGUGAAAAAGAAUAGCUACAAAAUCCAGACCAAAAGAACCUAAAAACCCAAGAAAAAGCGUAAAGCUGUUCAACAGGUUCCUGUUUACCAGUGGCUCAGAUAAAGAUUGAUAAGUGGCAUUGAUGAACUCUCCUUGCACGUUCUCUCAGACCACAGCAGCACAGGAGGUGUGUGUUACCCCAGCAAAGACUCUCUUCACACAUCUGGCGAGGGUAGAGGUCUGAGGGAAGAUGUGAAAGACACGACAGCACUGUGCAGAUGCCUGCUUUGAGAUCACAGCCACUGCAGUCUAGAUGGGAAACACCAUCAGGACCGGACCAUUGCCCAGAUUUUGCUGUGUGAUGGUCUCAAGCUGAGAGCUGCCCUGGGGAGGCAUUGCUAAAGGCACACGACCACUCUAAGGGGACCUGCUGCCAGUGGCAGGGUGCAGGCUUGAAUCCAGGGUCCCUGAGUCACAUUCCAGUCUUAAACCACACAGGCUUCCCUGUUUUAAGAGCAUGAUUUCAUACGCUGAAAAUAUUUUUUCCUUUUAAAGUCUGGCAAGUGUGCAGAGCUGCUUCCAGGGGAGGCUCCUGUGGUGAGAGCUGAGCUGUGCUCACAAGGCAGACAUGGGUGCCAGCGGCCACACAGGGAAUUUCCUACCCUGCAGCACCCCAGUUCCUCACAGCCCCCAGGCUGGCAUGACCCAAGGCCAGCCAGGAGGCAGAAGUGGCGUGGCCAACACAACAUGGCAGUGAGCCCUCACAGGGGUACUGCUGGCACCCAGCCACGGGCAAGCACCAGGCUUGCCACCCAGGAGUAAGUCUGGCAGUCUGCACCAUGCGCCACUGCUCCCAGGGGGCAGAGAGUGAGGACAGGGCCAAGCCCAAACCCUGCCAGGGACCACUCUAGCCUUUUCGCCAAGUAGCUCAGUGCCCUGGCCCAUGCGCCAGCCACGUGUGGUUCAUCUGCAUUCACAGAGGCAAAAAGUGCUGUACAGGGUUAGGUGGCAUUGCUGCGGUGGGAGCAAUCCUGCCUGGUUGCUGUGCUGCAGCCCACAGACUUCACACCUGAAGGGUCAGUGAGCCCUGAGUGCUGGCAGUAAGGUGUGCUGGGGUUUUUGGUGGUCUCCAGCUGGCGCUGCCUGGCCGGGCGCUGGGAGCAGAGCUGUGCUCUGGCUGGGCGGUGAAUUUGCCCCCUCUGCAGACUGGGGCAGCUGGGACUGGGCACUACUGGGGCAGGGCAUAUGCUCCAGUGGCCCUCUGCUCCAAGCCACUGUGGCCAGUGCCAAGCUCAGGUGGUGAGUACUGGGCAGCCAGCCAGCACAGGUAGCUUUGAUCAUCUGGUGGGGAAACAUCAGUUUACACCAGAGAGGGAAUCCUGUGCCAGUCAAACUAAGUUGCUGGAAAGCACUAGAAGAAAUAAGCAGCCUGCAAGAAUAUAAAGAGUUGGAGCCAGUACAGGUUUGUCAAGAAGCAGCUGUGUCAAAUCGGCCUCAAUUACAGCAUCAGGCAAGCCGGGCAUAGUGGAGGUAUCCCAUACCUUGGAGCUAGCAAGCUUUCUGAGCACAUCAAAUAACCUUAACAUGGGUGCACAAGUGGUCAGACGGUCAAAAUUCCUGAGCAGUUGUGGCUGGACAGAAUUGCUGCCCAGAAGGGUCCUGCAGCCAGGGCUGUGCUUUGCCCCGGCACAGGCCAGCGUGCACAUUACUGCUCUGGAUAAAGGGCUGGUGCACAUUUUUACUAUUUUUACAUACACCAUGACCUUGGGAGGGGGUACAAAAGUACUGGUGGACAGGGUGGCUGCUCAACUUGACCUUGACAGAUUAAAAAGCCUGAGAGUGAUGGGCUUUGGUUCAUUAAGGACAAGCGCCCACUUCUGCACAUGGGCGGGGUCAGCCAAGGCCACAAACACAGGAUGGGGAAGGCAGCACUUCUGGGGAAAAGGAUCUGGGGGCCGUCAUCCAGCACCAGAGAAGCGUGAGUCACCAGUGCUGCGUGACUGCAAAAGAAGACAACUACCCCAAGACAGGUGACUCCUCCAGUCUUCUUUGCCAGGGCUAAGGCCACAGCUGGGGCUGUAUGUCUAGGUUUGGGCACUGCAAUGCAAAAAAGAUUAAGGAAAACUGGACAGCCACCAAAAGAGAACAGUGGUUAUGAUGAACAAUUUAGAAAACAUGACCUGAAAGGAAAAAGAUGAUGGAACAUGGCCUAUUAAGAUUGAAGGGAAACAUGGUCUUAGAAAAUUUUAAUGCAGCUAGAAGAAAGCAAUUGUUCCUCCAUGGAUAAUGUAAAUAACCUACUCAAAUCAUACCAGAACAGUUUUAGAUUAAGUCACAUUUACUAGGAAUGAAUCUGGAGAAGCACUGGCAUGGUUUGUAAGGAGAAGCUGAGGGGAAUGCAGAGGCUGUGGGAGCAGGCUGAACAACUGCGUGGCAAGAAUAACAGUGGGACACUGCUGCUGCCUUCAAGACAGAGGAUGGGCUACAUGAUCUCCCAGUGUCCCAUCCAGCCCAGUUUCCUGUGAUUUCUCCAUUCCAACUCGUUCUCUCUUGCAUCUUUCUCUCUUCUCCACCCUUAGGCAAAGCAACAUCAGAUGGCAAUCUGAGAGGUGCCCAUGCACUGGUGUACUGAAGGUGUGGGACAGUAAAGACUUAAAAACCUAAGUGCUUUGGGGUGAGGAAAAAAGCAUCAGAUAAGGGACAGAUGGAAAAUACUCUUGUUCUCAAAGACUCCAGAUGUAUUUUUUUACUUCUAUCCCACAAGUGCCCUGUGGUAAAACAUGAGUGAGAAAAACCCACUCACUGCUGACAUUGUUAUGAAUUAGUUACUGUGCUGGGAGUUUUGCAACACACUGAUUUUUCUGCUUUAGUGAGACCAAGCGAUUGUGCAAGGCCACAGCUGUCAAAGCCAUAAUCUGUGUGGCUUUGGUGCCAGCUGCGAACAGCAGAGCAUGGAGUGGAGUGAGCUGAUCCAGGCCUCACCAAGCACCUCCAGCUGCUUCUACUGUACAAACUCAGCAACAGUUUUUGGAGGACUCUCUAGCUCUCAGCAUUUUUUUCCGCAUUGAGCAUCUGCUGCAGGAGAGACAGAGAAACACCAAAUAGGUCUUUUGGAUGCACAUUUGUAUAUGUCUACAUACACAAACAUUUUGUUACAGUAAUACCAGUCCACUUUGGUGGAGGGUAUCAGUAUUUGACCAAGCUGAAAAGAAAAUAAAAAAAAUCUGUCUGCUAUCAGCAAAACAGACACAUCCUAAUUCUACUGGAAAUUUGUUGAAGAUAUGAAGUCUGCCUGUUUUUGAGGAAGAAAGGUUAGAAGAAGAGGUUAUUUAGUUAAAAAAUGCGGUAUUUGAAAAUGACACAUUUAAAAAUGAAAAAUGGCCACGUCUUGUCUGGAACUUUUCAGAAUAAAGUAUUGUGACUUCAUUUCUUUUUCUCUAAUUUGGAGGGGGGAAAUCCUCCCCAAACAACUUGGCACUUUCAGAGAUAUUUUAGUCAAUCUAAAUAUACUUCUUUGAUGACAAAAAACCCAGAUUACUCAAAAUAUCACCUGCUUACAAAAUCUCACCCAUCUCUUUGUACACAGGCAUACAAAUAUGUUAUCCCAGUUAAGAAAAGGAAAUGAACCAUUCUGCCAUAUGGCACAUUUGUACCUCUACACUGGCAAUGGUCUGAUUAAACAGUUUUGAUUGAUGUGGUCCUACUAAGACGGUGUGUUGACAGCUGAUGUUGAUAGAGCCGAGCAUUGUGGCAUUAACUGAAACAGGCAAGGAUUUCUCAAAAGAUAGCUCCUAUGUGGGGUUUCCUCUUGUAUCCCCCAGGUGACUGCCAGCCCUGGGCACCCAGGUCUCGGUGUCCCCCUUACCCAUCCCUGCUGCCCUGUGGGAGAGGGGUGCAAGGGAUUCGCUGAGGGUACUACAGCCAGGGAAGAGACCUUCUGGUCCAUGCAGGAAGCAGAGGCAUUUGGGAGAGGGCUGCUGAGACAGAGAUGGCCAGGAGGAAUUCAGGGUGGGAGGUUCAUCAAAGUGCUACCUGACACACUGCUCCCAUGCUGCAGAGGCCAUGCUCACUGUGACCUCCUGCCUCUACCUUCUCCUGCAAAGCCAAGCUGUCAUCAUUGUUCUUCCCAUCAACAGUGACGACUGCUGGUAUUUUACAAGCCAUUUUAUCUGAGCAAUCCAGCCUGUCUGAAGAUUGCGUACUCCCUACUGCAGUUAAUCCCAGUUCUGUUUCCUCUGCUGAAGUAAGCCCUCUGAAAUGUGAAGUGAGAGCUGAUUUGGAAGGGAAAGGCCUCUUCUUGAUGAAGAAGCUGCUCUUAUUUUGCUGUUGGGCAAAGGCAGAGGAAAGUGCUCUUCUCAGAUAAGAGCACCUGACUCAGUUGUUUACCAUUGCUUUGAGAUGGGUGGAAGCAGGGCAUGGCAUCGAGGCAAACUUGUCCUCCACUUUCCAGCCAGCUGCUAUGAUAGCGAGCAGAUCCAAGAAAUACUUUGUCUUUUCUUGGGAAAUACUCUGCCAGGUAGGGUAUUUUACUCUGCUUUCCCCCCCCACCCCGUCUUUUCCUAAUGGCUGCUGCACCAACAUUGGAGCCUGUGCUGUCAGAAAGGUGCCUCCCAUCCACCUUACCAAACAGCCAGGGCCAUACUAGGGCUCACAGCUGGUGCUCCUGAGGCUGAAGCAAGUUGCUGGUGGUGUCUUCUGUUGCAGCCACAGUUUCCUUUCUGUGUUCAAACUCAAUUCAUCUAAACCAUCUGUAGGAGGAAGGAGAGGUUUCUACAAGAGCAGGCAGUUUUGCAGCAGCUAAGCUGGCCCUCGCCCCCAGGCUGAGGAGCUGCAGUGGUGGCAUGGGGUAAGAAAACCCUCUGUGACUAAUGUCAGAGGCUGAGCUAGCAUGCAUGGGUGGUUCUUCGGUGCAAGUGAAUAUGUCUAGCUGUAGAAGCUGCAGAUGUGGCCAUGUUGUUUCCCUCACAGCAAGAUUCGUUUUGGUUGUGGCAUUUGCCACAGCCUUUCUGUUUAACAUGGGGCUUCAGUGGAGUAUCACUCCCCUGACCUUGGGGCUUCAAGGAGUUCAGGGGAGUAGAAGUCUGCGUUACUCUGAUGUGCUGGUCACUUUUAGGCUGACAGUGUCUUCAGCUAUACGAAGUGUUGCAUGUGUUUCUUCCCCACUGAAGCAAUUUUACUGACAGAAGAUAAAAGCAGAAACUAACUUCAAAGCUACAAAAUUUUCUGUUUGCCUCAAAACCUAUUCUUUAACUGGCAGAUGCCCAUUUGACACCUGCGUAUCACCAAAUCUCAGCCAUCUCCACAAGUGAAGGAGUAAACUUGGAAACUCCCAAGAACGAGACACAGGACAAGAACGCAGAAGAAGGAGGAGGAGACUGAGGCCAACUGAGAGAGUAGAGGCUUCUUGCUGUCAAAGGUAUCAGAUGAAUCCCACAAGCCAGUUCCUUGGCACAACAGAGUAUGACUACGGAUAUGAUGAAAACACUGCUCCAUGCAAUGAAGGAAACAGCUUUCGCAGGUUUAAGUACCUCUUUCUGCCCAUUCUUUACUGCCUUGUGUUUGUCUUCUGUCUUCUGGGAAAUUCCUUGGUCCUUUGGGUUCUCCUGACCAGGAAAAGGCUGACAACGAUGACUGACAUCUGCCUGCUGAACCUCGCAGCCUCCGAUCUCCUCUUUGUUGUGCCUCUCCCUUUCCAAGCCCACUAUGCUUCAGACCAGUGGGUUUUUGGCAAUGCUAUGUGCAAGACAAUGGCUGGCAUUUAUUAUACAGGGUUUUAUAGCAGUAUUUUCUUUAUAACCCUCAUGAGCAUAGACAGGUAUAUAGCAAUUGUCCAUGUUGUCAACGCCAUGAGAAUACGUACAGCCUCUCGUGGCAUAAUUACAAGUUUAAUCCUGUGGCUGGUAGCUGGCUUGGCUUCUGUACCCAACAUAAUGUUCAACCAGCAGCUGGAAAUUGAGCAGUCUGUCCACUGUGUCACCACAUACCCCCCAGACAACAACACCUGGAAGGUAGCCUCUCAGUUUGCAGCCAAUAUCUUAGGUCUCUUGAUUCCCCUUAGCAUCCUCAUUUGCUGCUAUGCCCAGAUACUGAAAAACCUGCAAAAAUGCAAAAAUCGGAACAAGAUCAAGGUGGUCAAAAUGAUUUUCAUAAUUGUCAUCGUUUUCUUCCUCUUCUGGACUCCCUUCCACAUCGCGCUGUUCCUAGACUCUCUGCAGAGCCUGCACAUCAUCAAUGACUGCAAGGCAAACUACCAGAUAGCCCUGGCCCUGCAGCUGACAGAAACCAUCUCCUUCAUCCACUGCUGCCUGAACCCCGUGAUCUAUGCCUUUGCUGGGGUGACAUUCAAGGCCCAUCUUAAAGGACUACUGCAGUCCUGUGUCCGCGUCCUCUCCAGCCCUGUCGGAGGUGCCAGGUGUCAGUCAUUUUCAGUGCCCACCCAGCUCUCUGGCUGCUCUGACAGCACAGGGGUCCUGUAAGCCCACUUGACCUGCCUUCUGGUGUGGGUCAUUGGCCUAAGGUCUGACAUGGCACUGGAGGUUGUACCACCUGCAGCAUCCUCUUGGGAAAACCAGUAUACCUGUAUCUCCUUUCAGGAUAGCCGUGAACUAUGACAUGAAAGCAGCAACAUGAGUUUCCUGAGAAAGAGCACUGGUGCAUUUGUAAAUGGUGACCUUAGAAGCUUGCCACACAAUGAUUUUUAAUUAAGUUUUAGAGUUCUUUUAAUAAAUUUCAGCAACCAGGGUG